AUCACACAACAGUAGUCCAGCCAAGAUCAGCUCAUAGCCAAGCAAAGGUACCAUGGCCCAAAAGUUUGUCGUAGCCUUCGCCCUCUUGGCCAUUGUGGCCAUCCGGGCAGCUCCCUUCCACGGUCACGACCAUCAUGGUCACGGCGGGGCCACCAGCCACGCCUCCGUGCAUCUUACAUCCCACGAUGACCACCACGAAGAACAUCACGGUCACGAUCACCACGGUCACGGACACGGUCACGACUCGCAUGACUCGCAUGCCGAAUACGAUUUCAACUACGGAGUCAAGGAUCACAAGACCGGGGAUGUGAAGACCCAGAGCGAAUCUAGGCACGGCCAUAAGGUUACCGGACACUAUGAGCUGAUCGACGCCGAUGGUCACAAGCGAACUGUCCACUACACCGCCGACAAGCACAAGGGUUUCGAGGCCCAUGUCCACCGCGAGAAGCUCCACGAUCACCACCAGGCUGAUCACGGCCAUGGACACGGACACAGCGGCUAUGAGGGCGGCCAUGUCGAUUUCGAGGAGCACUCUUCUCACUCCGGUCAUGACUACAGUCACGGCCAUGAUCAUGGCCAUGGACACGGACAUGAGCACGGCAGCAGCUCUCACAGCUACUCGCUGAAACAGGAGCAUGGACAUGGACACAGCCACAGCCACGGACACGAUCACGGCUUCGAGCACGGACACGGUUAUCAUUAA